AUGGAACAACAUGUUGAACAAUUCCCAAAUUAGUCCAUUUAAUCGACAUUUGAAACUAAUAAACCAAAAAGACCUUAUUAAAAAAUAUCCCAAGAAACUCGAUCUCUAAUACUUCAUGCUCUGACAGUUGAGAAACUCCCCUUAUGCAAUGUAAUUGAAUUUUUUAAUAUUUAUAGGUAGCUGAGAUGUUUAAAACCAAGGCCUGCACUUGUAAGGCAAUUUUACAGACGUAUGAGUAAGAAGGUAGAAGAGAAAAGAAGACCAGCAGAAGAGAAAGAGUUGAAAUUGACUCACACAUUAAAAUAAUUGUAAUAGAUCCUUUGGGCCGACCGAACUAAGAAUUCAUUAAUAUUAAACAUUCAAAAGUUUAUAAACUUAUUAAAUUAUUUUAGAUGUAUACAGAAGAAAAAGAUCUGAGUAGAAAGGAAGUAAAAUAACUAAAAAGAAGAUUGUAAUAAGAAAUCUAAACAUAAUUGGAAGAACUUUAAACUGGCUGUUAUAAUGUUUAAUAGACAAUUUCCUAAGAGAAUAAUCCUGAUGAAAAAGCUCCUGAAAACAUAGCUAGAGGGAUUAAUAUGAGCUUAUAAUUAAUUUUAUAAAAGUUAAAAUUCGAUGGAGUUAGUUUAGGUAAGUAAGAAAAAAGAAAGUUAAAGGAAUUAAAAAAAAUUUAGUAAUAAAAUAAAUUAGAAGAUUUAAUAAAAGUUGAAGAAGGAAAAAGUAAUUAGAAUUCAGUUUUUUAGUAAGAAUUAAAAUUUGAAAUUCCUAAAACCAAUACUGUGUUUGAUUUGGGAUAGAAUUAUAGUAAAAUUAAAUAAUUUAUUGAAAAUGUUAAUUAAAAAUCCUAACUAAACCCAUAAAUUAUUGAUAAAUUAAACUACUUAACCAAUGAAACUAUUUUCUAAAUGAGUCUGAAAUAAAGAUUAUAAGAUAAGGAUUUUUAAGUAUCAAUUUUAAAACAUAAUGUUUCUAGAUACUUAAAAUAAUUUUUUUUAAGUAAUUGA